AUGGCGCCUGCAGCUGGAGCAAAGAAGCAAAAGAAGAAGUGGUCCAAGGGCAAGGUCAAGGACAAGGCCCAGCACGCCGUCCUGCUCGACAAGACCAUCUCCGAGAAGCUCUACAAGGAUGUCCAGUCUUACCGCCUCGUCACCGUCGCCGUCCUGGUCGACCGAAUGAAGAUCAACGGCUCCCUCGCCCGCCAGUGCAUCCGCGACCUCGAGGAGAAGGGCAUGAUCAAGCCGGUCAUCACUCAUAGCAAGAUGAAGAUCUACACCCGUGCCAUCGGCGAGUAA